AUAUCUGAUGAUUUUUCAUCAUGUAUUGCCAGAUAGUGCUUGCAACGUAAGAUAUGCUGAGAACUGAUACUUCUUUGCAAGUUAUCUUCGAAGAAAAACAAACAAACAGAGGGAGGGCAUUGAGAUUUGAUCCAGUGAUUGAGAAAUACAGGCGUGGUUGACUUACAAAACCUCAGUUAAUCGAAAACCUGUGUUAGUGCAGACAAAGAAAUAGUAGUUGCACGAUGAAGUGCUUCAUGUUUUCAAUACUGUUCCUGAUCUUGACUAUGGAAUCUGAGUGUUCACCCGACAACAGAUUCUUCAUCUCAGGCCCUGCAGUGUUUCAUGUGGGUGUAAAUGAGAAAGUGUUUGUCCAGAUGGGAAAGUCUCAUCUCAGUUAUCCUGUUACUCUUUACUUGGAGCAUGAGACUACCAAUACACGUGUGUCUGUGCAGAAAACUGUUCUGUGUACAGUGGAAGGGGAGAUCAAAACUGUUGAGCUCAUGAUAGACAGGGAAAUUAUGACAAGACUUUCUCAACGCCAAAGACGUUCCUACCUUAACCUGGUGGCAGAGAGCCCCUCCUUCAGUGGCAGGAAGAAAACAAGGGUCUUAGUAUCAAAACGCAGGGGCAAUAUCUUCAUUCAGACUGAUCAGCCAAUCUACAGCCCAGCACAAACAGUGAAGUACAGGAUAUUCACUCUUGACCACACAUUCAGGCCUCACGAAGGAGUGUUCCUCAUAUCAGUAUUUAAUGCUGCUGGAAACAGAAUAAUGAAGUCCCUGAAGUCUGCAAAGAGAGGAAUACUCCAAGGCACAUUCCCCAUACCUGAUGUCUCCAAAAUGGGCACAUGGAAGAUUACAGCACACUACGCAGGUGAUGAAGCAAAUGUUGCUUCUAGAGAGCUCAAAGUCCAAAGAUUUGUUUUGCCAAGUUUUGAGGUGAACAUCGCAAUGGAGCAGAGCUAUAUUUUGUUGAAUGAUAAACAGUUUGACUUCAAAAUCUUAGCCAGGUAUUCACAUGGUAAGGACGUUAAAGGGGCUUACCACUGCCAGUUUGGAUUGGUAAAAAAAGAUAUAAAUGGUCAAAAACUGAAGCCUGCUAUUAUCAGUGGACUGAAGUUGACUGGUUCGGUCCAGAAUGGAGGUGCAACAGCUUCUCUCAAGAUGGCAGACUUACAUCUGCACCUCCGAAAACAGCAGAACCAAACCCUCUCUAAAUUACAGCAAAGUGGAGCACAACUCUACGUGGGAGUAUUUGUCACCAACAUACAAAGUGGUGAAAUACAAGAGGCAGAAGUUUACAUUCCUAUCAUCUCACACAAGUACAACAUCGACCUAUCUCGAACUCGCUCAUAUUUCCUUCCUGGAUAUCCGCUAGAUGUGGUGGUGGUGCUGCGUCUUCCAGAUGGCUCCCCAGCAGCUGGAGUGCUUGUAAAGAUUCAUUUAACAGCAUCUUCAGAGAAAUAUUGGCAAGGCACCACCAACAAGGAGGGGGCAGUGUUUCCUGUGUUUAAUAUUCUCAAUGAAGCUCAGAUUACUGUUGAAGUGUCAGCAGAUGACCAGAUGGAGAGGAAAGUAAUUCGCCGAGCUUCAUCUCCAAGUGGCAGCUACCUUUACCUGAGUAUUACCAACAAGAUGUACUCUGUGGGCGAGUUACUGUCUGUAAAUUACAACACCAUGAAUGGCCAAAAACAUGGGUUUAUAUAUUACAUGGUCUUAAGCCGUGGGAUCCUAAUAAAACAGGGUUCUCUCAGAAUCGGUACUUCAGUUAAAGACAACCUACAGAUAACGCCUGAUAUGGUGCCAUCCUUCCGUCUGAUUGGCUACUACUACGACCAGGAUGGUAACAUCAUUGCUGACUCGGUGUGGGUAGAUGUCAGGGAUGAAUGUGAGAUAAAGGUCAAGGUAGAACAUAACGUACAAUUUGAACCUGGACAACAAGCUACGCUAGACUUUGAUUUACAUGGUCAGAAAGCCAGAGUGGCUUUGCUGGCUGUGGAUAAGGCCUUCUACGCUCUCCAUGCCGAUAAUAAACUCACAGCCAAACAGGUGUUUUCCUCUAUGCAGUCAAAUGACCUUGGUUGCUCAUACAGUGGAGGAUCUGACCCUGCAUCUGUUCUAACAGAGGCUGGCCUGUCUUUUGUAUCUCAGUCCCAGUCAAAGUGGAAAAGGAGUCUUGGCUGUGAUUCCCAAUCUGCACGACAAAGACGCUCUGUGGACCUUCAACAGGAAAUGAUGACCUUAAAAUCCAACUUUUCCAAUGAAAAGCUGCAAGACUGUUGUGUUCAAGGGUUUUACCUCAACCCUAUGAGACGAACAUGUCAGGAAAGAGCUAAGAGAGUCUCUCUGGUGAAAGAAAAUCUUGUUUGUGCAGAAGCCUUUUUAAAAUGUUGCCUUGAAGGAGAGCGUCUGAGACAAAAAAAGAUACAAGAGGAUUCCCUGAAAGGAUUUGCCAGGACUACAAGCACUGCUGACAUUGAAGAAUUCUUCUUUGACACUGCUUCUCAGUACAUUCGACGAUUUUUCCCCCCAAGCUUUGCAUUCACAGAAUUUGAUGUAAAUGACAAAGGAAGUUAUUCUUUGGCCUUACCUGAUUCCAUCACCACGUGGGAGAUUCAAGUCGUCACUUUAUCUGCAGACACCGGUUUCUGUGUAGUUAAGCCACCUGAGGUCAAAGCAUUUAAGAGGGCAUUUGUGUCUCUGAGACUGCCUUACUCUGUGAAAAAAUAUGAGCAACUAUCCAUUUCACCUGUUAUCUACAACUAUGGCUCUGACAGCCUACAGGUAGCAGUUCAUAUGGAACAAACUGAAGGACUUUGCUCCCCCGGAUCAGCCACCACUACAUCUUUUGUCAACAUUACUGUGGAGCCACAGUCUUCCCAGUUUGUGUCCUUCUCGGCUGUCCCCAUGGUAACCGGUUCCAUACCCAUCAAAAUACGUCUCUAUGAUAUAGAGAAUAGAUGGGGGAUAGAUGCAGUUGAGAAGGCUUUGAAUGUGUUGACAGAAGGACUAGAAAAGAGAGUAGAAGAAACCCAGGUGUUUAAAUUAGAUGGGAGUGUCACUCAGACUAUCACUAUUGAUGGAACUUUACAAGAUGAUACAGUCCCCUACUCCAGCUCCAAUAUUUUCAUUUCAAUGGAAGGGGAUGGAUUUGGCAGUUCACAUGCAAAGAACCUUCUUUCCCCUGAGAAGGUUGCUAGCCUGAUUGUAUUGCCUAAAGGAUGUUUAGAACAGACAAUGGUACGACUGGCCCCUACAGCUUCAGCCCUCCGCUACCUUGACCUGAGUGAGCAAUGGUUUGACUUGCCUGCUGGGGCCAGAGAUGACGCUCUUGAUAAAAUUGAGGAAGGUUAUAUACAUGUUUUAACCAAGAAGAAAGGCAAUGGAUCUUAUGGAUCAUGGGGUUCAGUGCCAUCAAGUAAUUGGGUGACUGCCCUUGUAGUGAAAGUGCUAUCGUUGGUGGCGGCGCGUCAGACAGCGGCUUUUGGAGUGCAGGGCAGGAAGGCUAGGGUUGUACCAGAAGAAGAAAUCAGGCGCCCAGUCAGUUACUUGCUCUCAGUACAGAAGUCUGAUGGGUCAUUUGGUGAUCCACAUCCAGUGCUACACAGAGGAGUUUUGAAAGGAAGAGACCAAGAAGCAUCCAUGACGGCUUUCAUAACUCUUGCACUUCACCGGUCCCUUCAAUUCCUGCAAACCGAAGGGAGAAAUAAUGUGGAGGCAAGAAUUUCAAGAUCAACAACAUAUCUCCUCUCACACCUUGAGGAGCUUCAGCAUCCCUAUGCUGUUGCCAUUACAGCCUACUGCCUUGCUGUUUGCCUGCCAAAGGAAACAGAUCAUUCAUCUGCCUGGACAAAACUUCAAGCCCUGGCUAGUGAAGGGAAGAAUGGCUGUUAUCUCUGGACAACUGAUGCCAAUCAGAAUCGUGAGAGGGCAGAUGGCAUCACAGUAGAGACUACAGCCUAUGCCCUCCUAACAGCAGUGGAACUUGGGCAUACCGAGUGGGCAGACAAAGCAGCCUGCUGGUUAACCACCCAAGAAAACUAUUUUGGAGGCUACAAGUCAUCACAGGAUACCAUCGUGGCACUGGAAGCCCUCGCGGAGUAUGAGCUAAAGAGGUCUGUCAGUCCUGAAGCCAAUCUAAUAGCAGAGUUCACCGUCCCAGGAAAGAACGACAUUGUAAAGCUUGUACUGGAAAAUAAGAAGGAGAAGGUGGAAACAGACCUUAAGAAACUUGCAGGGAACAACAUUGUUGUGCAAUUGAAAGGAAAAGGCAAUACCAAGCUAAAAGUUGUGAAAGCUUACCAUCUACUGGAUCCAAAGGACGAUUGUAACCAAGUGUCUAUCAGCGUCACAGUAAUGGGGAAAAUGAAGUACACUGCUAAGGUGAUAGAAAAUUAUGAAUACUAUGAUGACUACGAUAACGACGAGGAGAAGGAGGCACGAGUACCACGGUCAGCUAUUGAGUGGUUUGAUGCUCGCACCCGAAACAGGAGAGACCUUGAUAACAACUUAAAUUCAGACGAGACUGUCACCUACAGAAUCUGUGUCAGUCAUAGCCUGAACAGCAAUCUCACAGGAAUGGCCAUUGCUGACAUCACACUUCUGAGUGGAUUUGAGGUUGUAACUGAGGACCUGGACAUGCUAAAAUUGCCACCUGAACAAUACAUUUCACAUUAUGAGGUCUCCUAUGGAAGAGUGCUGAUCUACUUCAAUGAGCUCUUUCAAUCAGAGGAAUGUAUUAGUUUUGAUGCUAUACAGAGAGUACCAAUUGGCCUCCUACAGCCUGCUCCAGCUGUGUUCUAUGAUUAUUAUGAACCAAACAGAAAGUGUACUGUUUUCUACAACGCCCCCCAAAGAAGCAAGAUGGUCUCCAAACUGUGCUCAGAGGAUGUGUGCCAAUGUGCAGAAAGACCCUGUCAUAAAGUACAAAAUACAUUCAAAUCAGAAAGAGGUCAAAAAAUCACAACGAAUGACCGUUUUCAACAUGCUUGCUUCUUCCCUACAGUAGAUUACGCGUACAUUGUUGAAGUCCUCAAUGUUUCUCUGAAGAGUAACUUUGAGUUGUACAAAACAAAUGUAAAGGAGGUACUCAGAUCACAUGGAGAUACCCUUGUGACUGAGAAUUCUGUUCGAGUGUUUGCUAAGAGGCGUCAGUGUAAAGGACAGUUAGAUUUGGGAAGACAGUAUCUCAUCAUGGGCAAAGAUGGCUCCACAACGGACUUCAAUGGAAUGAUGCAGUAUCUGUUGGAAUCAAACACCUGGGUUGAAAAAAAGCUUUUGGAAAAAGAAUGUAAAAAAACUGCUCAUAGAGCUGCCUGCACAGGGUUUAAUACAUUUACAAAUAAGUACAAGAUUGAUGGCUGCAGACAGUGAAACAGAAUCUGUUUCAUUUAACUUUCAUUUUCAGUUUAGUGUAAGACAGUUACAGUAGUUAUCUUGUUGGCAAAGUGAAAUUCUAACAUGAAAUACGUUUGUAAUAUUACUAAAAUGUUUGUACGUUUGUACAUACUAAUAUGUUUGUACUAUGUACUAUUGAUUGCAUAUUGACAAAAAGUAUGUUAGAAUUGAAACACAAAUUAAAUCUCCUUAAACAAACAUACAGUAUAUACUACUAGAGAGAGAAGGUUCCAGCAAGCCAGAUAAUUGAGAAAAUUUCAGAGACUCUAAGGAUCAGUGCCUACAUCUGGAUCACUUAGCUGGGAUAACCACUUCGGUGCUUAAAUUCUCCCAAAAUCUUGACCUUAAAGUCUACCUAUUCUUGACAUUUUUUAAAACCUUUAUUUAACCAGAUGAUCUCAUUGAGAUUUAAAACGUCUUUUUCAAGAGGGAUCUGGCCAAAACAGUAGCAUAUUGGGCCCUCUUACUGAGCUCUGCAUGGAUCUUAGGUACAGAUAAAAAAUACAAGUCACCAGGGCGCAAAUUAUAGGAACUGGUGUUGCGUGACAUGUAAGUGCAAAGAUAAGAGAGGAGCAUACCAAGGAUAGACUUGUAAAUAAAAGCUAAUCUAUGUGCCUCCUCAUUGAUAAUGACUGCCAGUUUAUCAUUUUGUACAAGGUACAAUGGUGUGUAAAAGCUUUACAUCCAGGCACAAAUCUAUGGUAGAAAGUAUCCAACAAAGACAGGCGAAUUUCUAUAAAGCAGAUCAUCGUAAUCAAGUGCAGUGUAAAAGGGUGCAGCACCCAAUCUCUUCCUGGUUGUCAAAGAAACACAGGCCUUGUUUCUAAAAUAAAGUCCUAUUUUUAGUUUAAGCUUAUUUACUACUUUGUCAAUGUGCAAUUUAAAAGAGAGAUCCUCAUCAAUUAAAAUACUCAAGUAUUUGUACAUUUGUACUUCUACAUCUGCUCAUCUCUUCUUUUUAAGUAAGAACUGAUAAAUAUUUCCUAUAUGUUCAACAUGCUAUGUUUAUUGUUUAGCACCAAAACACCAAAGCAAAUAGUUUGUAUGUGUAAACCUACUUGGCAACCAAGCUGAUUCUGAUGAAAAACAAUAACUACACUAUACUGUAUAUUAUUAUAUCUACUAUGUUUGAUGUCAAACAGGAAAUAUUAAAAAUGAUACCAACAGUUCUACUGAGCUGAAUGGCAGUGAAAGAUACAGUAGACACUGAUGAAUGAUGAAUAAAUAAAAAGACUGAUAAAGUGAUUAUCACUGACCAAAGAUAAAUCUUUAUUAACAGCCAAACAAGAGGUUACGAGACAAAAACUACAAAACAGUAGAAAGUAUAAUCUUUCUAGGAAUACGUCUACCAGCUUCUUCAUGAGUGAUUUAAACGUAACGAUAUAGAAAACUUCUGCUGUCUGAGUAUCUUUUUGGAAAGGUCAAGUCUCUGUCAACCUGUGCCGGUCCCCUGCUCACCACAUCAACGCGUCAUUAGUCAUUGAGGAUUGAAGACCUAUGAGAAAGAUUAACAAAGUUCACAGUGCUCUGGCUUCCUCCCACCGUCCAAAGAUUAGGUUAAUUGUCUAGCCUAGGUUGAUUGGUGACCCUAAAAUUGUCCCUAGGUGAGUGUGAGUGUGGCUGGUUGUUCGUCUAUGUGUGGGCCUGCGAUAGACUGGCGACCUGUCCAGGGUGUACCCCGCCUUUCGCCCGAUGUCAGCAGGGAUUGGCUGCAUAAACGGUUGACGAUGGAUGGAUGGAUGGAAGUUCACAUGUUCAUCCGUUGGGUGUUCCUAGCAGUGAAUAUUUGUUAAUUUAGUAUUGAUGUAGGCCUAAAUUUACCAGCAUUGUCAGCUUCUUGAUGAUACCAAAGACGGAGGAAGAGGUGGAGGUUGAUGGACUUGCUAUGAAAUAAUAAAAAAAUAAAUAAAAUAA